UCAUAGACGCGCGCCGAGACGUCCUGCGUCACGUGGUUGCGUGCUGACGUCACACGCAGCGUCUCUACCGGUGCGAGGUGGGCGCAGCCUGAAGAGAAGGUUGCAGUUCAUUGCGUGUGCUGCGUGAGGUAGCGCGAUCGCGGAGUCCAUGUCUUUUCUUGUAAGUAAACCCGAACGGAUUAGGCGGUGGGUGUCCGAAAAGUUCAUUGUUGAGGGCUUGAGGGAGUUCGAACUAUUUGGAGAGCAGCCUCCGGGUGACUCUAGGAGAAAAACAAAUGAGGCGAGCUCCGAGUCGAUAGCUUCAUCCCAUAAAAGGGACACCAUGAGCAACUUCCUCCCAGACAGCAGCUGUUAUGAGUUGCUCACUAUCAUAGGCAGAGGCUUUGAAGACUUGAUGGUUGUAAACCUGGCCAGGUAUAAACCCUCAGGGGAGUAUGUCACUGUCAGAAGAGUUAACCUGGAAGCCUGCACCAAUGAAAUGGUCACGUUCUUGCAGGGGGAACUUCAUGUUUCCAAGCUCUUCAACCACCCUAACAUUGUGCCAUACAAAGCAACAUUCAUAGCUGACAAUGAGCUAUGGGUAGUGACAUCUUUCAUGGCCUAUGGUUCUGCAAAAGAUUUAAUCUGUACCCAUUUCAUGGAUGGGAUGAGUGAGUUGGCUAUUGCAUAUAUUCUCCAAGGAGUAUUGAAAGCACUUGACUACAUCCACCAUAUGGGCUAUGUACAUAGGAGUGUGAAAGCCAGCCAUAUCCUCAUUUCUGUAGAUGGGAAGGUGUACCUCUCUGGCCUGAGAAGUAACCUGAGUAUGAUUAAUCAUGGGCAGCGCCUCAAAGUUGUUCAUGACUUUCCCAAAUACAGCAUCAAAGUCCUACCUUGGCUCAGCCCUGAAGUCCUGCAGCAGAAUCUUCAGGGAUAUGAUGCAAAAUCUGACAUUUACAGCAUAGGGAUAACAGCUUGUGAGCUGGCAAAUGGACAUGUACCAUUUAAAGACAUGCCUUCCACUCAGAUGCUCUUGGAAAAGCUGAAUGGAACUGUUCCCUGCCUGCUAGACACCACCACAAUUCCUGCUGAUGAGCUGACUAUGAAAACCUCUCGUUCAAGUGCAAACUAUGGGCUGGGUGAGAACGUGGCUGUUAGCAAUGUGAGAGCAGCCAACGGAGAGUCAACCCUACACCCUUAUCUUCGGACCUUCUCCACCUGCUUCCAUAACUUCGUAGGGCAGUGCCUUCAGCGGAACCCAGACUUCAGGCCAAGUGCAGGUGCUCUGCUUAAUCAUCCCUUUUUCAAGCAGAUCAAGCGCCGUGCUUCUGAAGCACUCCCUGAACUGCUGCGCCCUGUCACACCCAUCACCAACUUUGAAGGAACUCGGCCCCAGGAUCCUAGUGGCAUUUUUGGGUUGGUGUCAAACUUGGAGCAGCUGGAUGUGGAUGACUGGGAAUUCUAGAAAAACAGAGACUAUAUUUGGUUCUGGAGGAGCUUUCUGGACAUUGUAAUUUAUUGUUCCUGUUCAUAAAAAGUGAUGAAUGUUACACAUGGAAGAGUUUACAGGUCCUUGGGAAGGAACAUCAGCUGCCUGUUUACUUGGAAACAAGCGUGGAAACAAAUGGACAGACCAGAGCUGUGGAGUAUUCUGGUUGGUGCAGUGCCCCAUACCCCAGUUUUUUCAGCUGAGCACCAGGAGAAUGCUACAAUGGAUUGAGUGAAUCUGUUCAGUUAUGGUCUCCUUUCCUGGGUUUCUAAAAACAAUUGGCUUCCUUGUAUCACAGGUGAAGGCUGCAUGAUUCUAUUUUUUUAUUUUUUUAAAGGGUGCCUUAGAGUUAAGAAGGGGAGGAAAGCAGUUCUUAGUUUUGGGCAUUUUCUUAGAGCUAGUCAGACUUAUGUUACAGUGUUGUUAUUGGAUAACUUCUGAGGGUGAGGAAAGGAGUGUGUUCUUAAGCUUGGUCACUUCUUUAUGGGGGAAAACAAGAAACAGAAGAUAACCUGAUGCUGUUGUGGCACAUUCACUGCACUGGGCAUUCCUCUGCAGUACUGAGCUGUGCUCCAGUUUCUGGAGGGAGCUUUUAAGACUCCUCUCAGCUGAUGUUGUGUGCUGUGUGCUCUGAGCUCCAGGUCAGAUGGCAUCCCCACUCUCCUCCCAUGGCUGCCUGGGUCAUCAAAUUCUAGUGUGUAAUUCUGUGCAUGUACCAGCUUUUCUAACCUCCCAGAGUACAUCCAGCUCAGCCUUCUGUUAGCUGGGCUGCUUUCACAGCAUGAAAUAUUCAUACCAGCCUGUUCUCAGUGACUUGGCAUGAAGGAAAAGUAAUUUUCACACAGAAUCCUCUUACUCAGAACACUUCUUUGAAUGUUAUGUACAGAAUGAUCUUAAACCCUCUAUUACCAUUGCUAUACCAUCAUCCCUGAAUGACUGACAGACUUGAAAAAAAUCCUUUGCUUGUGUUUCACACAGCUUCCCUUGAUCCCUGCUUGUGGCAGCUCUCCCCUAGCCCACAGCAUUUGGUUUUGGAGGUGUGUUUAAGGCUUUCAGUUUGACCUUUCCAAGGACCGUGGGUGCUGGAGCUCUUUCCAUUCUCAAAUGAAGCACUGAGACUCCAGUUCUGUAAGUGUGGUUGAUGGGAGAAUGGUGCUGAGAACAGGUCCUUCUUGUGUUUGUAAACUACUUGAACCCAGAUAAAGUUUGUUACUCUAGUUUUUUGCCAAAACAAAUAAAAUAUUUCUGAAGUUUGUAA